GAGCCGGGGCCGCGGGCUGCACGGACGCGCUGGGGCGGAGCGGAGCGGAGCGGAGCGCGCCGGGACCCCCUCCGGGAAGAACCUAAGAGUCGCUUUUUCAUGGGAAAAAAAUUGGGCUAGGAGCUAGAACCACUCUGCAGAACUGUACAAAUCAUCUUCCCUCUGGAUCAGGUGCUUAACUGAUCAAACCAAGAGAAAAGUUCUUUACCCAUCUGAAGAUGAGGUGGAGGACCAUCCCACCACAGUGCUGUUCUCUCCUGGCUUUGUGUGUGCUUACUGCUCUUGAAGCUGUGCCUAUAGACGUGGAUAAGACCAAGGUGCAAACCCAGCCUGUGGAAAGUGCAAAGAUUGAGCCACCAGACACUGGACUUUAUUAUGAUGAAUACCUCAAGGAGGUCAUUGAUGUUCUGGAAACAGACAAACAUUUCAGAGAAAAGCUCCAGAAAGCAGACAUAGAGGAAAUAAAGAGUGGGAGGCUAAGCAAAGAGCUGGACUUGGUGAGUCACCAUGUGAGGACAAAGCUUGAUGAACUGAAAAGACAAGAAGUAGGAAGAUUAAGAAUGCUGAUCAAAGCUAAGCUGGAUUCCCUUCAAGAUGUGGGCAUAGACCACCAGGCUCUCCUAAAGCAGUUUGAUCACCUGAAUCAUCAGAAUCCUGACAAGUUUGAAUCCACAGACUUAGAUAUGCUUAUCAAAGCGGCAACAAGUGAUCUGGAAAAUUAUGACAAGACUCGACAUGAAGAAUUUAAAAAAUAUGAAAUGAUGAAGGAGCAUGAAAGGAGAGAAUAUUUAAAAACACUGAAUGAGGAAAAAAGAAAAGAAGAAGAAUCUAAAUUUGAAGAAAUGAAGAAAAAGCAUGAAAACCAUCCCAAAGUUAAUCAUCCUGGAAGCAAAGAUCAACUAAAAGAGGUAUGGGAAGAGACUGAUGGAUUGGAUCCUAAUGACUUUGACCCCAAGACAUUUUUCAGAUUACAUGAUGUCAACAAUGAUGGGUUCCUGGACGAACAGGAAUUGGAAGCCCUGUUUACUAAAGAGCUGGAGAAAGUGUAUGACCCCAAAAAUGAAGAGGAUGACAUGGUAGAGAUGGAAGAAGAAAGGCUCAGAAUGAGGGAACACGUCAUGAAUGAGGUUGAUUCUAACAAAGACCGGUUGGUGACUCUGGAAGAAUUUUUGAAAGCUACAGAGAAAAAAGAAUUCCUGGAGCCGGACAGCUGGGAGACAUUGGAUCAGCAGCAGCUGUUUACAGAGGAGGAACUAAAGGAGUAUGAGAGCAUGAUUUCUCUGCAGGAAGACGAGCUCAAGAGGAAGGCGGACGAGCUGCAGAAGCAGAAGGAGGAGCUGCAGCGCCAGCACGACCAGCUGGAGGCUCAGAAGCAGGAGUAUCUUCAGGCUGUCCAGCAGAUGGAACAAAAGAAGCUACAGCAAGGACUUGCUCCGUCUGGGCCAGCAGGGGAGCUGAAGUUCCAGCCGCACACUUAAAGUUCCGAAGUCACCCGAACUUGAAGAAAACUUAACAACAUCUGUUUCGUCUUCUUCCCUCCUGUCUUUUCUCCCUGUCAAUACAUCCUUUGAAGCCCAUUUGGAAUAAAAGAAAUACUUUUCAAAGGAGAA